AUGGCAAUGUCAGAACCUUGGAACCCUCCCGAAAGCGAGAGCGAGUACGAAAUAUUGGAAGCUCAGGCCAAGAGAUCUUUGGCCCCAUGUGCUUGGCUUGGCCCCAAGACUCAGGAGGCAAGGCUCAACAACAUCAUUGGUCUAGUGGUAGAAUUCGUCGUUGCCAUCGACGAGGCCCGUGUUCGAUUCACGGAUGAUGCACUCAUUUUUUGUUUUUUUUGCUUUUAG